ACGCCAUGUUCAUUUGUCAACGGAGUAACGGACUGCAACGGACGUCAAUUGUACUGGGCUCUUCAUUCUCGCGGAAUCUUGUAGGAAUUCGGAAUUUAAAAAAAGCAGUGAUUACGUGAUUUUAAAUUUAAAUCGGCGUGCUUUUUGGACACGAUGGCUUGUCUUCGCAAGCGCAAGCGCGAAGAAUAUGAAAUGCAGCUGUUCGGCUUUCACUCGAGAACCGUUUACGCGACCCUCAAAGAUGUCGUUGAAUCGAAGAUUAAAUCACGAUGUCGAAAUUUGUAUGAAGCUUUGGAGAAGAAAUACCAGCCAGAUGAAGAAGGAAAGGCCACUCUCAAAGCUAACAUAAAGGAGUUGAGAAAGGCCUACAUUCAGGGAGCACAGCCGUAUUUGAAAAAUAUCGAGAAAAUUGUCGAAAAAUACAUUGCGGUUCCGGACAACGUUUUGCUCGAAGAAGAUAAAUGCCAAGCAGUUCAAUACACGGAUGAGGAAUUCAAAGAGCUGAACGACAAAUUAGAAAGUCUGCAAAAUCGAAUGAAAAGGGCACAAAUGUUAAACGCGGUACUAAACCAAGAGCUGGAAGCAACAAAAGAGAUUGACGAAUUCGAGGAGAGUUUAGAGAAAGUCUUCGAAGUGAUUGAAAAAGGGCUGAAUUUUCCCGAACCUGACACUGAAGUUUUGCAAGUAGUAGAAACGUACAAAAAUUUAUGUAAUGUUCUCGAGAUUAUGACUUCGAAAACAGAAAAGCAGACUUAUAACCCAAAUUUAGGUGACAUUAAAUUAAAAGAAUUGGACUUUGAUAAUUUGUAGUGACAAAUUAAUAACGCAAUUAUUUGACACCAAAUCAUGGUAUCUUAAUGACAA